AUGACGAGCUGUGUCAAUCUCAAAACAUGGCUUCUCGAAUUGAUUAUCUUUUCUUCUAUGCUUUCCAUCACCUAUGGCAGACCAAAAUUUGUGUUUCGAGUUAGAGCAGUUAAUCUGGGUGGUUGGCUGGUUACUGAAGGUUGGAUUAAACCUUCAUUAUUCGAUGGUAUUCCAAAUAAGGACUUCUUGGAUGGAACAGGUCUUCAGUUCAAGUCUGUGACAACAAGGAAGUAUCUCUGUGCGGAGUGUGGAGGAGGAACAAUCCUAGUUGCUAACCGCACAGCUGCUUCCAGUUGGGAAACAUUUAGAUUAUGGAGAAUAAACGAGGCCACUUUCAAAUUCAGGGUGUUCAACAAACAGUUCGUGGGGUUAGAUGGGAUUAACGUGGUUGCAGUUUCCAAUACUUCCACUGAUUCUGAGACAUUUCAUGUUAUUAAGAAAAUUGACAAUUCAAGCCGUGUUCGAAUCAAAGCAUCCAAUGGAUACUUCCUGCAGGCGAAGACAGAGGAGCUGGUGAUUGCUGAUGUAUCAGAGGUCAACGGAUGGGGGGAUGAUGACCCAACCGUUUUUGUAAUGACAAUCGCUGCAAGGUUGCAAGGCGAAUUCCAGGUGACUAAUGGUUAUGGACCAAUAAAAGCUCCCCAAGUCAUGAAGGAACACUGGAGCACUUUUAUAGUUGAAGAAGAUUUCAAUUUCAUAGCCAAUAAUGGAUUAGAUGCUGUUAGAAUUCCAGUGGGAUGGUGGAUAGCAAGUGACCCCACUCCACCCUGGCCUUACGUUGAGGGUUCCUUGCACGCACUAGACAAUGCCUUCUCGUGGGCACAGAAAUAUGGAUUGAAAAUUAUCAUUGAUCUUCAUGCUGCACCUGGUUCUCAAAAUGGCUUUCAGCACAGUGCUUCAAGAGAUGGUUCACAAGAAUGGGGAAAAACAGAUGAAAACAUCCAACAAACAGUUCAUGUUAUAGACUUCCUAACUGCAAGGUAUGCAAAAAGUCCAAGCCUUUAUGCAAUUGAGCUCAUAAACGAGCCUCUCUCACCUGGUGUGACACUAGAUAGCUUGACCAAGUACUACAAGGCUGGUUAUGAAGCUGUGCGCAAGCACUCCUCCACAGCUUAUGUUAUAUUGUCAAAUAGGCUAGGACCCUCAGACCCCAGGGAACUCUUCCCUCUUGCCGAUGGCCUUAAGCAAUCUGUGAUUGAUGUCCACUACUACAACAUCUUCGAUGAUGUAUUUGAAAACAUGACUGUCCAAGAGAACAUUGAUUUCAUCCACACCAACCGUUCAUCACAGUUGAAUUUUGUUACAACUUCAAAUGGCCCUCUUACUUUUGUCGGUGAAUGGGUUGCUGAGUGGCGAGUUAAGGCCGCUACGAAAGAGGACUACCAAAGAUUUGCUGAGGCCCAAUUAGAUGUUUUUGGAAGAGCUACAUUUGGGUGGGCUUAUUGGGCUUUCAAAAAUGCUGAUAACCAUUGGAGUCUGGAGUGGAUGAUCAAGAAUGGUUACGUCAAGCUUUAG